CGUCUAGCAGGGCACUUGGCUGGGGAUUCGGCCCUCUUUCCCCGAAGAGCUUGGUGCCUUCCAAUCCGAGGCGAGCGGUGGUGGCGCGUCGCCUAUUGGCUGCUGCCGGCCCCGGCGGGCGGGGAAGCUGGGGGAGCCCCAGAGCGUCAGCGUCGCCGAAAGCGGGGAGUCCGGUGCGGGCCCGGCGCGCCUAGCCGCGUCCCACGCCUUGCUUCAUCUCAGGAGAAAAAAAUGGAAGGCCUGCCUGAUGCUGCUGCUUUUGCAACUAGACUUAAAAACACUCUCAUCCAGUAUCAUAGCAUUGAAGAUGAUGAGUGGCGAAUUGCCAAGAAAACGAAAGAUGUAACAAUUUGGAGAAAACCUUCAGAAGAAUUUAAUGGCUACCUUUUCCUUGUAGGGCUAAGUGUUGACUGGAGUGAAAAGAGACCAGAAUUUAUUCGUGGAUAUAACCAUCCCUGUGGUUGGUUUUGUGUUCCGGUUAAAGACAGUCCAUACCAGAGCCUUUUGACAGGCUACAUUCAGACGGAUCUGCGUGGGAUGAUUCCUCAGUCUGCGGUAGAUACAGCCAUGGCAAGCACUUUAAUCAACUUCUAUGGUGAUCUACAAAAGGCCCUACAAAAGGCAUAAUACGUUUAAACUUGUAGUACGAUAGUCCUCGGAUCAACUUUUUCUCUCAGCUGCAUGGCCUGUGAAUAUCAUCCUUUCUUCUCUUCUGUGUAGCCUAUAGAAAAAUUUGAGAUGAUUUGUUGGUUUAUUUUAUUCCUAAAGUAAAUAGUUAUCUAAGAGAGGACAUUUCCGUUUUCUUGGACAGUGAUUUGCACACUGUUUGGUACAGAAGUAUGUCUAAGCGUGGAGAGGAUGACAGAUGUCCAUGAAGAAGUAGGUAUACUUUGACCUGAACUCUUAAGAAACUGAAUGUUGCCUCAGUGUGAAUAUUUUCAUAAUGUUAGAAGAAAUUCGAGAAAGCACAGGCUUCAUGCUGUUCGUUAAAAUCAUCUGUUUUAGAGCUUUAUGAACACUUUAUAAGUUUUAACUAUUUUUGGAAGUCAAAUAUUAGUGCUUUACUUGUGGCAUGCUCUGUGAGUUUGCCAAUAUCUUGGACUAAAGAGAAAGCUCUUUAUGUUUUAUAAAGGUGAACUUCAUUAUCAGUUGACUUGUACUACUGUGAGUACUGAAAAAAUUAGACAUAGAAAAAGUAUAGAUACAGUAAGUAUAGAUACAAUUCAAAUACAGUUGUUUUGAUACCUAGAUAACAUUAUUUUGUGGAUAUCUUUAAAAAUGUAUUUGUAUCUUCCUGUGCGUUUAUUUCAGAAGGCUUAAAAAGCGUUUAUGCUUGGAUAAGACAAUACAAAGAACUGCCAAAUAUGUGCUGGGGACACCACAUUGAUUGCAUUGUGUGAACUGGUUGGUGGUAUCCUGAUUCACCAACAGCAGAUUGUCUAGAAAUCAAAUUCAGUGAGUGUUUUUGUUACUGUUUCAGUUUUUUUUUUUUUUAAGAUAAGCCCUUGAGAAAUAGCUUUUAAUUCUGAGAAGUAUCAGAUAUUCUGUAGGAAAAUAAUCAGAUUUUCAGUCUUUCUUAUUUGAUCCAUGUUCACAUUUCAGUUUUAAAGUAUAACUCAAC